UAAUCUUGUCAGACCUUAGUUUGCGUUUGUAAUUUCGACAACAAACAACGCCAAGCAGCAGCCACAGCAAGACAAGUGCUGAUCGUGCGUCUUUGUAGCUGAUUUAAUUUAAUUGCCUUCAAUUGGAUUUGCAGCUUUAUCACAGCCUGAGUGGGGGUGGACAAUUAAACAGACAGUUUGUUAUAUAAACAGCUGAAGCAAACGAAAGCAUGGAACAAGCCGAUAAUCCACAAAUACGCCGUUCUAUAUCGAUGCCGGUUAAACCGCGUCCGAUUGAACCCAAAUCACUGAAGCGCUCAGAGGAAAAGGAGCGCAUCAACGAUUCCGGCGAUUAUUAUCCAGAAAGUCCGAUUGUGCAGCGGCGCAAGAGAAGCGAUUUGGAUGGUCACAUAAGCCGAAGUGCAAACAAUGUGCCUUGUGCAAGCGAUUGGGUUGGUAGUACGAUUGAAUUGAAUCGCGAUUGCCGUUAUAGUGAUCCCAUGUGUUCGCGUCAUCGUCAUCAUCGUGUCAUUGAGAAGAGUGGCCAUGAGAAUGUCAGUUUUCGACGUAUACCACAGAAAUCCUGGCGUUAUGUGCGUGAUUUGGUAACAACAAUGAUUGAACUAGAUUGGAAGUAUAUGCUGACGAUUUUUGUUGGAACCUACUUCUUCACAUGGUUCUUCUUCGCCUUGCUCAAUUAUAUGGUUGCCUACUCGCAUGGCGAUCUCAUGUUUGACGAAGUCACCGGCGAACGUUUGGGCGAGGGCAAGGAACCAUGUAUUAAGGGUGUUUAUAAUUUCGUCUCGAUGAUCAUCUAUUCGGUGGAAACGCAAACGACAAUUGGUUUUGGCGAGAAAUACGCGAGCGAUGAGUGUCCGGAAGCCAUAUUUUUGUUCGUUAUGCAAAUGAUAUUGGCCAUUGGCAUUGAAGGGAUGCUUGUCAGCAUGGUAUAUGCGAAGACAGCAAGGCCGGCAAAGCAAAUAACGAAAUUGAAAUUUAGCGACAAAGCGGUGAUUUGUUAUCGUGAUGAAAAACUGUGCCUGUUGUUUCGUGUUUGCGAUCCACGUAAGCAGCAAGUGAUUGAGUCGAAAAUACGCGUAUAUCUCAUAAAGAACAAAACCACACGCGAAGGUGAGUUCGUGCAAACACGCACUGAACUGAAAUUGGAUGGCUAUGGCCAGCAAAUUAUUGUUUGGCCAGAAAUUGUCUGCCACUGCAUAGAUGAGACUAGUCCUUUGCACUAUUUGAAGUCGGCCAAAGAUUUGAAUGAAGCACAAUUUGAAUUGUAUGUGUCGAUUGUGGGUUGUUCUGCCGCAACCGCAAUGGUGACGGAGGCACGCACCUCCUAUGUGCCAUGUGAGGAUAUUUUCUGGGGACAACGCUUUGUCAACAUUAUCAGCUACGAUACACGCAAUGAACGCUAUGUCGUUGAUUACAGUAAUUUUAAUACAACCAUAUCGGUUGACAUGAAAACUAUCGAGAAGGCUUGCUUGGAGAACGAGGAAUAAACACGAUUUGUGUUGCUUAUAAAUAAUUAUUAAAUAUGCAUAUUUGUUGGAAUAAUAUUUCUUUACAUUUUUCAAACUCAAUUUAUUAACUGGCAAAACUUUGAAUUUGCACUAAUAAAGUAUAUAAUUAACAUAAUCAUUUAA